AUGCAUCAAGGUCGUCUAAGACUGCGACCCUGGCUUGAGGAGCAGAUACAGUCUGGGAAAUACCCAGGGGUCACCUGGCGUGAUGAGACAGCUCAAGUUUUUCAGAUUCCUUGGAAGCAUGCGGCUCGACAUGGUUGGAAUAUAGAGAAGGACGCCACUUUGUUCCGAAACUGGGCGAUACACACAGGCAGAUACAAACCUGGGAUAGACAAGCCUGAUCCGAAGACAUGGAAAGCCAACUUCCGAUGUGCCCUGAACUCUUUACCCGAUGUGAAAGAGCUACAAGACAAGAGCAUCAAGAAGGGCAGUAAUGCUUUCAGGGUUUACAUGAUGCUGCCUUUUAUUAAAAUGACCAAACAAAGAAAAGGACUAAAGGAGUCAGAUGUUGCCAUAAAACAAAGUCUGAUCUCCCUCUCAGAAACUCACGCAGGUUCUUGUGCGCCACUGGAUAGAUUUGCAGAGGUUUUCCUGAAGUAUAGAGGUGGGCAGGCCAGUCACAGCCCUGGUAUAUUUCAUGUCAAUGACAAUUACCCUGCCUACAACACCAUAAAGGAUGAACAGUCACCAGAACAGUCCUACUCUCACCAGUCAUCCUUAACACCUGAAGUGCAUGAAAGAUCUGAUACUACCACUGACGACAAUGAGCAAGCAGAGGCUGUAUUCAAGAUAGUUGAUCACCUAAAAACCAUAGAGCACUGGAGCCAGUCUAAUGAGAACAGAAGCUGGAGGGCAGCAGCCACCGGCUGGGUGGACUGUUACUGUGAGGAUAUGGAUUACUUGGGGUAUCCCUUACAGACCGAUUGCUACACACAGAGUGCACAGCAAAGACCACUUCUAUAA